GAUGGAAUCUAGCUGCUACCUUGUAUGGAGUGGGAGGAUCUGAGCAAGGAGAGGCUGUGGGGGUUCUGACUGAUCCGAUCCCAUGUUUCUGAGAUCAUUUAUCCGCAGCACACCUUGUUACAAGCAUUUUAAUGGAAACAGUACUACAACUUGGCAUUCCCGUAAAGGUCGUUGUUUGAUUGCCUUCCAUCUGUUGCUAUACUCGUAUUAACAGUAUGUUGAGCCAGACCUCAGAAAUUUUGUGACAUUAUCAGAAGGCUUUAGCCUUGUAAUUGGUCGUCAAGCUGUCUUGGUCUUUCCUGCUCUGAAAAGGUUUAUCAUGAGAAUGUACCUGUUGAAAACAUUUGUUCUGCGGUCAAAUGCAACUUCUGCCUUACGUGAAAGUAGGACAAUAAAAUGGCAUCCUUUCUCACCAAGGUAUGGAUGCCAGGCAGUAGUGUUACAGAGACAAGGGAAUCAUUGGAUUCAUUCACCCCCUGGACAAGAUAUUUCACAAGAAAAAAAGGCACCUUACAAUCCAACCCCAAAAGAGGACGCACAGCAGAGUCAAGACAAAAGUCAUCUAAGUACUGUGGAAACCCCAGAUGCUGUGGAUGCUGAUCCACUGCAAGACAAAUCAAUUGGCCUGUUUCAAAGGUUUAAAAAGACUUUUAAACAGUAUGGAAAAGUUCUGAUUCCAGUUCAUCUAGUGACGUCCAGCAUCUGGUUUGGGUCUUUUUACUAUGCUGCCAUCAAAGGUGUAAAUGUGGUUCCUUUUCUGGAGUUUAUCGGUUUGCCUGAAGUGAUAGUGAACAUUCUGAAGAAUUCCCAGAGUGGUAAUGCACUUACAGCCUAUGCAUUGUACAAGAUUGCAACUCCUGCCAGAUAUACAGUAACAUUAGGAGGCACGUCCAUUAGUGUUAAAUAUCUCCGAAAGUAUGGCUAUCUGACUACCCCUCCUCUGGUAAAAGAUUAUUUGCAAGACAGAAUGGAGGAGACAAAAGGACUCUUCACAGAGAAAAUGGAAGAAACCAGAGACAUUAUAAGUGGAAAAAUGGAAGAAACAAAGGACAGAAUAUCUGAAAAACUGCAAGAAACCAAAGAUAAAGUUUCUUUUAGGAAGAAAAAGGAAUAAGACCAGGAAUGGAAAAAUCUUCUAAAUAGAUUUGUAAUUGAAAAUAUUACCAUGCAGUAAUUGUAUUUAAUUUGACAGGAAGACAGAAAUCUGUAGAGCACCUUCACCUUUGGCCUUGCAUAUACAGUAUAUAUGUACUCUCUUGUUUUGUGCCCAAAAAGUAUUCCUACAAAACACAACUGUUUCUAAAGAUCUAAAGCAGAAAAAAACAUAAUACCUUUGUACACGUGAUCAUGUACUAAUGUCUGAGUCCAUUAAAUUCACUGUAGCCUAACAUUAAGCAGCUGUAGGAUUCGUCAUAAACACAGGCUAUCCCAAUUGGUUGGUAGCCAAGAAGAAUAUAAAUACAAUAUCUUCUUGAGAGAUGUAUGAUUAUCAUACAUAUUUUACUCUUGAUUAGGAGUUAAAAUUGCUACAGAAAAAAACCUUUUGAUUGAAUUAUUAUUGUAAGUGAGAAUUGCUGGCAUUGUAAAAAGAAAAUGUUAAGUCCCAUAACUAGUGAAACAGAAGGUACUUUUUCUUUAAGUUUUAUUUAUGGUAGGAUUUAUUGCUUUAGACACUCUUCCACUACUAGCAAAAUCCCCAUCUUGUUAUUUUGUUGAGUAGCUGGUUAUAACUUGCGCAGGCCAUGCAGUUCUCUCUUCUUGUGAGUGCAUUAUAUACAGAUAUAAAAAAUUCAAUAGAAAACAAAUGGCACAAACAUUAAUUAAAUGUUCUUUUUUUUCGUUGACAACUUAUGUCAAAACCUAAGAUUUAUAUAACCUUGAUUUGAAAAAACAUAAUUGAUUACCUUAUGUUUACAUGAAGCAACACCGCUAUAAUCCUAACAAUACAGAGCAGCUUUAUGCAGUGCAGUUAUCGACUUUAUUGCUUACUAAAACAGAUCAGAAUAUCAUUUAGAAUAUUAAGAACAUAUUUAAACAAAAAUAAUAUGAUUGGCAAAUUUAAAAAUCUAUAUAGUGCAAGGUUAUCGCCCUAAAACUUUGUUUACUUGCCAUUAUAGACACACCUGUACCUGAUACAUUUUUGCACUGAUAUUAUUUUUAAAGUACACAUGCCUGUGGUUAAAUAUUCUGACUCAAUAUGCCUUGUUCUGUGGUAAAAUGCAAACAAUUUUGUUAAUUUUUAUCUGUGUUCAUAUUCUGUUUAUAUUAAAUUCAAGUAAUACUUUAGUUACCUGCAUUUUUAUUUAUUGAUAUAAUUUGUAUAACUGUUUACAAACGAUUGCCGUUUAUAUGUAAGAAGACAAAUAAUCUUGGGUUGGAACAUCCUGCCAGAUAUCUAAAAUUAUGGAACAGAUUGUGGUACAAGUAUGUUUAUUUUUGGAGGGUUCAAUCUCUGUUAAUUCUACUUUAUGGAGUUUGUAUUUUGUUUGCUAAACAUGAUUAAGUAGAUAAUAAUGCAUACUAAAGCUUUGAAUGGAACAACUGUUUUUAAGCUUUUUUUUUUUUUUUAAUUAUUAUUAUUCAUUUUAUAAACCACAAAUUAAUUUUAGCUUAUUAUAGAUAGUAUCAAUACACACCAGUGCAAUGUGUCAAAUUUGUUAUACUUCAACGAAUCAUGCCUAAAGAAAUGAGGAUUGUAAAGUAGAUAUUUUUAAUGUAUUCUAGAAAUAAAUAAAAAUAAUGUUUUCAUUUGAA